AUGAAGCCUUCUUCAAUUCUCCUUCUCGCCGCUGCCGGCCUUUCGUCCGCUCUGCCGGCUCAGCCCGGCACCGCCAACACCGGUGUCCAGGCCCGGGACAGCCGAUCUCUCUUCGGCCAUGCCAUCAAUGCCAUUGCUGCCCGCAACCUGGUCCCUCUCAACGCCAACACGGCUGCUCCCCCUCCUGCGGCCGAUCCCGCCGCCGGCAAGAAAGAGGCCCCUGCUGCUGCUCCUCCUGCGGCUAAGCCUACGGACAAGAAGGCCGGCGAUGACAAGAAGGCUGGCGAUGCCAAGGCUACUGAUGCCGCCGCGACCACCACUGCCGCUGCUGCUACUACCACUGCCGCCGCCGCCGAUGCCGCCGCUACUACCGUUGCUGCCACCACGACCUCCGCGGCCCCGGCCAUCGAGACCACCGCCGUCGCCGUCGGUAACGGAACCGCCUCCGAUAACGGCAAGGGCAAGGGUAACGGAAAGGGUAACGGCAAGAACAACGGCCAGGGCAAGGGCCAGGGCAAGGGAAAGCAUAACAACAACAACAACAACAACAACAACAACAACAACAACAACAACAACAACAACAACAACAACAACAACAACAACAACAACAACAACAAUAACAACAACGGCAACAACGCUCUGGGCGCAGCCAUCGCCGGCGCCCUCAACACUCUCGGCCUCGACGGUGUCCUAGACGCCAGCUCCCUGGACAAGCUGAGCGUCGGCAGCCAGAUCUCUUUGCUGGCCCAGAUCGUUUCCCUGCAGACUAUGAAGGAUCUGCAGAUGGUUGGUGGACAGGAUAUUGUUGUUGUGUUGAACCAGGGCUUUAAGAGCAAUGGGCUCAAUAUUGUUAUCAACGCGUAA